CCGUGGUCCGUGGUCCGUCAGUCGUAAAACAUCAGUAAGCUGAGUCGAACCGACGCCGGUCGCGCGCGAAAAGUUUGUGUGAUGUAACAAAGUGUUGGUUCGUGUAGCGUGUUGACAUUUAGAAGAAGCAUUGUACCUAGUAGUUCUGUAAAUCUGUUUACGUUUCAAGUUUGCUUUGAAUGACGAUUCAAAAAAACAGUGAUGACACGUGCCAAGUGCAAAAAGUUCAAGUUCAAAAGUUAGCAAAUGGCUUUGCGGCAUGACACCAGCAUGGACUCGAGUUUCCUCGCAGCUGACCCCCCGCCUGUCCCGGGACUCGACUACCACCAGCCCAGGACAGACCUGGCCUCCGAGUACUUUAAUACCUUCAACCAAGUGUGCGAGAACUACCGAAGUGAUACGGAACUGAACUUGAGGCAGACGUCAGAUUCUUUGCGUUUGUCUUCGGAAAUCUUGGACGGUGUCAGACCGGAGUAUGUCAGUUUGGACUUUAACAAUAAACUGUUCGAUGCUGAUAAGUUUGUGAUCGGGAGAGACGAACACUCGUUUAGGUUUGAUCAGCCCGACGCGUCCGCGUUGUUGAGACACAGAGCCAGGAGAAGAUUGAACGAUGAGCACGGGAUCCCGAACCCUGUAGCGACCAGCCAGGAGAGUGGGUACGGAAGCGAUGAAUUCGGGCACGACUCGCCCAGCAGGUACGCGUCGCCGAAGGGGGCGGGAGCGGGAGCUUCGUACCAGGAGCCGUACUACGCGGGGGGCGGGGGCGAGUGGGCGGCAGGGUACUACCAGCCCCCACCGCCCUACCACCAUGACCCCUAUGCCACGUCGCCGGGUAUAGCGGGCGCUGCGGUGGGCGGCGAGGCGACGGGCGGCGGCGCGGAGCUGCCACUGCCGCCCAUGUCCUCCUUCAGAGCCGCAGCCCCCCACCACUCCCCCACAGACCCCAUGCUCGUCGCCAAACCUCCGCUACAACCAAUGUAUGGGGGGGGCGCGAGUACGCCGACGGUGGUGGGCCCCGAGGGCAGCGUGUCGUCCUACUCGUCGCCGUCCACGCCCGUGCACUCCCCGCCCCCGCUGCACGCCCGCCUCUACCCCCUCAAGCACGAACACGUGCCGCACGCCGUGCCAGUCACGCAGCAGGCAGGCUGGUCGGGGCCGGGCGUGUCCUCUCCUCCCUCAGGAGCGACCCCCCUCGCGAACGGACACCCGCACGUCGCCGUCUACCCCCCUAAUGUAAUGGGCGCGCCCGCAGAACAGCGACAGCUCGACGAAGCCAUGGUGUUCUUGCGGGAGCACUCCGACGUCGUUGGGGCGCGUAUGGAGGAGCGCCUGGACGACGCCAUCAACGUGCUGCGGAACCACGCCGAGGCACCCGAGCUGUACCCGCACGAGCUGCACCAGCCGCCGCCAGCGGCGCGCCUGGCCGUCGCCGCCCACCUACAUGGGGAGCCGCCCGUCAAGAUGGAGCGCCACGUCCUGCCCAGCACCAAAAAACGUAAAGAACCAGUGGACUCGGGGCUGGACUCGAAGCCUUCAUCAUCAGGAUCAGCCGACCUCGCCCUCCACAAACCUCCCUCCAACAAACGGUCACGGAGAUACGCAAUGGCAGGACCUGGUACGAUACCGAUGACAGUAGGCGUCGGUGGCCACUUAUCAUCCGGUCGGCCCUCAUCAAGUCUGCCAUCCUGCUCGUCCGCCGACGAGGACGACGUGGACCCCGACACCAAGGCGGCCCGCGAGAGGGAGCGCCGCCAGGCCAACAAUGUCAGGGAGAGGAUAAGAAUAAGGGACAUAAACGAAGCCCUGAAGGAGCUGGGCAGGAUGUGUAUGACGCACCUCAAGAGCGACAAGCCGCAGACCAAGCUGGGCAUCCUCAACAUGGCCGUCGAAGUCAUCAUGACGUUGGAGCAACAAGUCAGAGAACGCAAUCUAAAUCCUAAAGCGGCGUGCUUGAAGCGACGCGAAGAAGAAAAGGCGGAGGAGGCGCCCAAACUCCUGGCCGCCCCCCUCCAGCACUACCAGCCCAUGCCCGGUAUGGGACAACUACCGGGCCAACCCCCCACGGGCCCCCCGCAGCAAUAGCGACGCCCCCCCGCGUCCCCCGCCCCCGCCGCACUGGCACUGCCCCCGGGCGCCGCCCCCCGCGCGCUGUAGGGGCGCCGCCAGCCCCGCGACCGGACACUGACGACUGUGUUCGUUCUGUUGCUAAGUUUUUAUUUUAAUUUUACUUUUAAAUUUCCUGUUGAUCGGGAGAAUGGGAUACAUUGCGUAUUUAUAUAAUAUAUUAAGUUCCCCUUAGCGCCGGUGGGGGGCCGGCCGGGGAGCGUUGGGGGGCGUCGGCGGCGUCGCGCCCCCCCGCGGCAGUGCUCAGUGAACAUCGGACUUGUUUAGUGCAUAAGUGUGUACAAUAUUAGUAAAUAGGAAUAUACAUAGGUAUAUACAUAUUAUAUAUAUGAAAUUUUACAUUUUCAUUGCUGUGACUAUUGACGGUGUUAAAAAAGUAUUUGAAAUUUAUUAAAAAAUCAAGUAAAUCGUAUUUUGUGUACGAGGAUCGAUGUUACGCAUGCGGGACGCGAGCGACGCCGCGCGCCGCGCUUGUGACAUUCCGCUCGGUGUCGGGAGGAGCCCGCGGACCUCACCACACGUAGCCACAUUCUGGGGCCGCGCGGAGUCGACUGCACGAUUUCAGAAAUCUGUAAAAUAUUGAUUUAGUUACUUUUACAAUAAUUAUAUAUAAUUAUUAAUUAAGGAGAAGAUAUCUUUAAUUAAGAGGUUUUUUUUACAUAAUUAUUGCGACAGGCGCUCGCUCAGCGACUACACAUUUACAUUUGUAUUCGUUUGAAAUUGAAACUAUGAUAAUCAUAUUUCAAUCAUUCAAUCAUUAUUUCAACUAAGGAAUCUUAGUUUACGUUAAAUCGGUGUGACGCACGACACGGCGUCACGCUGCGUCGCGCCUGUGACGACGCGUGACGCAGCGUGACGGCGUGGGAGGAGCGGCUGCUAACUUAAGAAAGUACUUAAGUUUUGUUUAUAAUUUUUGUACAAAAACUCCAGUGAAAUUCAAAUCGAAUUUUGUCGAUUUUUUUUAGAUUUAUUUUCACGUUGGGUCCCGAAUCAGACUAAAAGUACCACUCGUUAGAGAGGACAGCAAGGCCCCCCCGGGGGGCCGCGUGAUGUUCGCACGUGACAAUAUAGGGGGACAUAGUUUUGUUGCACAAAUAUCUCUUGGCACACAUCACUGUGACAUUUUUUGCAUUUUCAAUGAGAAUAAUUUUGGUGAGAACUCUUGGUGUGAUGCCCCGGGGCCGCAGCGCGUGCCGGGGGGUUGGGGGGUGGGGGCAGCUCGCCGCUCGUCGCAACGUCCGCGCACGAUUACAAUUUGUACUGGACCAGUUGUUUAGUUAUAACGAGUAAAGUAUAAAGUUGGCAGUCGGCUUCGGUAGAGUCGUUGAGAUAAAUAUUUAUUUUAUUAUAAUUAAAUUAAAUCGCUCACCGUGUUAUUGGUUGAUCGCGCGGGUGGAGGCGGGAGGUGCGCCGCCCCCGGGGGCUCUUGUUGUUACAUGGUGAUCUAGAUUUAUUCACUCACCCAGUCACUCAAAGAAUGAUAUGUAUACAUGAGAUCAGAUCGACUUAGAGUAUGAUCCCCUGAAGAUACGCGCCCCAGCCCAGUCGCAGGCGGGGCCCGGGGGGCCGCGGGACCCACAUGUCAAUAUUUUGAUUAUUUUUUUAAUUAAACAAUAUCGGUAUAGGACCGCGCACCUCAGUGAGUCAGCCGCAGCGGCAGAUGUUCUGUUCAAUGUAUAAGUUUCUGUAUUAUAUAGCGGUAAGUUGUAUUGUUAGAUUACUUUUUCAUUUAAUGUUUAAACGGCUGCUUUUCCGUGAUUUGAUUUUACACUCGGACUCCAACUGUACUGUGUCGCGGGCUCCGAGUGUCAAAUCGAAGGCCUCACGAACCUCAACUGAUCCGGCGGCAGCAGAACACUUACGAUCGAAUGGAUCGAGUUUAGAAACUUUAUUGGUUGAGCUUUAUUUGUUACCCAUGUUGAAUCCAGUUAUAUUCACAUGUCGCGUAAAUAUAACUCUCGUACAUUCUUAUACAAUAUUUAAUAAAUAGUCAAUGCGACGUAUAGUAUGAAAUAUCCAUAUAUUCUUUAUUGCAACGCAUUAAGAUCGACAAUCCACUGAGGAGUCUGUUGGCCGCGCGGACGGCGAGCGACACCUGCUGGGGCCGGAUCCGGCCGGCGGACGGCGCGUCGGGCGCGGACUGCCGCCGGCCGGACCGCGCGCAUCCGACAAUAGCUUGUAAUCACUCUCAGAACGUUCGUAGUUUUAGUUUGACUUUCUUCCAUUUUUUAGCGUAAAAUUAAGUUUUUAUCUAUAAUUUGUUGUCUAUGCGUACUGCGUAUGUCGUAUCUUAUAAGAGUUUUUUUUUUAUAAUUAUUUGUAAUCUGUACGCGUAAAUCUGUAAUUUAUUUUCGCAAUAUUUUGAUGCUCAGAUUUUUUUUAUGAAUGGUCAAUAAAAUAAAUGUGGCACUCAUCCGCCGCUACAUCCUGGAGAUUGUACAAAAUGAGGCUUUUGUUAUUAUUAUUUUUUUGUUUUUUUUUUCUGUUUUAUUAUAAUGGCAACACUAGCAGCCCAACACUGUACCAUAGAGCAUUUGAUAUAUUUUUCUUUACAAUUCAAAUGCAUAGAAUAAAAAUGAUAUAAUUACAAGAAAGGUCUAAUUAUAAAAAUGAAUAAUAUUAAUUAAAUAUAAAUGUGCCAUUCAUUUUGCUA